CGAAGCGCAUUUUGCUGGCAACGCUGAAUUCAUCCAGAGAUUCGGACAGCUGAUUCAUCCAUACAUCGUUCAUAUACCAUAUACUAGUUUAUGCCGACCAGCACAGAGAAUAAUAACACCAAAAAAUGAAUAUCAGUCUUUUGACAAGUUGAAAAUUCUAUCAUUUUCUUUCGGUUACCGUCCUCAUUUUGGAGAUUCGAUCUGGUUAUUUUUCAUUUUCGUCGAGAAUAUGGGCUGCUGCUACAGUUUUUGCAAAGAAGACAGCGGACCUCAGGGUAGUGAAGCAAAUGAGAGAACACAUUUAUUGGUUGAUCCAGUCAGUAACAAUACAAAUAUACCAAGGGUUCACAGUGACGAUUAUGUUAAUCAAUAUGCGAGUUCAGUGCCAAAGAAGACGGACGAACAGAGUGCUCUUAACAGAAUACUGCACGAGACAGCUGCAAACGUGAUUGAUGUUGGAGCUUUGGAUUCCCAUAAUUUGGAACAGCACGAAUACAUGGAUAGAUCGAGAGCUUAUUCUAAAAAAAUUGAGUCUUGCAGUGUCAAAGUACCAGCAGGCAGAUCUUGCCUUCUCAAGGACAUACCUGCUCCAGAAAGAAUUCUUGCUGCUGAACCUCUUGCCCAUGAAGAUCAUGAAUGGAUGAAAAAUAUGAUGAAAACUGCAGUAUCGGCAUUGAGCGAAGUGAAAGUCGAGCACAAGGAGGAUUUAGUUGUACCGUUUCUCUCGUGAUCGUUCAUAAAUCAGCAGCUGGAAAGGCGAAUGGAAAACCCUGUUGCAGAUACAGCCCAUUAACGCGCAUCUUUAUCUACUGCAUUGAAUGGAAAAUCAAUCGGAACCAUUACAACAGAAUAAUGAAUCAGAGGAAAAGAAAAAAAAAUAUUCAUGAUCAAUUUGAAAUUAGAAGACCGAUCAGAAUUCCUCGCUGCCUAAAGUAUCAUUGUGAAUCAUUCACAUUUUUAUCAGUAACCAUGCUCGAAAAAAGGACUGAAACAGAUAACCGAAAGACUUUAGGUUUUUUAAAUAAGCGAAAAAAAUGGCUGAAAUGAUCGUGAAAAGUUGAUUUGAAAAAAAAAGUGAUACAAAUAAUUAUUAACGUAAUCGUAAAAAUAUAAAUAUAUCGAGAUGAUUAUAGCAGACGCUGAAUUAUUCUUGCUUUUUUUUUUCUUAUCAUUUAAUGUGCAUCAGUCAGUGGCGAAUGAAUAAUUUGGUUAUCGUUGAUGUACAAAUGUAUUGUUUUUUUUUAAACAUUUGUUGAUAUUGAUACUAUAAUAACUUGUCCAGUAUAAUUGUUUAUUCAAAGCAUUGGAAAAAGUUUAUACUACCAACAAAGAUGAAUGCAAUCAAUCAACACUUUAA